UGUUCCAACACACUAUAUACUGCGCAUUAUUUUUUUGACGCAACAGUAGCGCAAAAAGAGAAUGUUGUGUUGUCUCCUGAAUUGUAUGUUCUUCGCAUUACACAAUCCUGACGCGAACAUGCAAAUUGCGCAAGGUUCUAUGUUGAAGAAAGAAUGCAGAUUUUAUGGAUUGUUGCAUAGGUGGUUGUUGUUAAUAGUAACGGUGUAAAAUAACAGAAAGCGAACUAUAUAGGAAGUUAUACGAAUAUUUUGAUGUAUAUACUUGCAAAGGGAAAGAAGAAAUAUGGAUGAAGAAGGGGAGGAACCCUUCGUAGCAUUGGACUCUUUACUAGAAGUGAAUCUUGUUGAAGAUACGACUGCUGAAACGCCUACACUUGGUGAAGGAGAUCCUUUGAAAGAUGGCGGCCUAGAGAGCAGGCCUAAUAGGCUUGGAGAAGACCCUGUGAACAGUAACAUUAGUUAUGUUAGAAAUACAGGGCUGGAUAAUUGUGUGCCAGACUGUAAUUUGGAUCCUAUUCAGAUUGCGUGGGGAAUGGAUUUGGAAGAGGAUACGUUCUACAAGGAUCUCUUCAAAGAUGUGUCAACUGUGCGGUUUCUGCGACUACACUGCACCGUCUGUGAUACCCAUUUAGGAUGUAAACCAGGUUCUGUGCUCAUGAGGCAUGUUCGCUUGGGAACGCUCUUGUGUAAGGACUGCUUUACAUUUUAUGGUGCAGGUGAAUUUCCAGUUGCAGAAGAUGGAAGUGAAUCAUUCUGUUGCUGGUGUGGCCAAGGUGGAAGUGUAAUUUGUUGUAGCAGUUGCUCAGCUGUCUUUUGCAAGAAAUGCAUCAAACUAAAUUAUACCAAGAGUACUAUAAAAGAAAUUGAAACGAGCCCUGAAUGGAUGUGCUUUGUUUGUAAUUAUUGCUCGUUGUGGGAACACCGUGCAGUUUGUCGUGCAGCGAUUACAUAUGAAUCCUCAGAUCAUGUCUCCUUGAAAGGAGAUGAAGAGAACGAAACCCCAGGUCAUAAUCAAGAAUUCUGCUGCGGACCUACUGUCGAGCGGCGGAUACCCCGUUUAAAGAGCAACAUGCCUAGUGAGGUUACAUUUGGAGAAUAUAUCAAAGCAGGAAGAGUCAAGGCAUCUGUAAUGAAAAUGUUGAGGAACAUUACUGUGGACUCAAAUGAAGAUUUUAAAACUGAAAAUACGUCAGCUGACACACAAAAAACUCUUACUCACAGCGCAGCUUCUGAAGAAAUAGUAAGCAGUGAACAAACUGGUGCUGCUAGCAAUUCAAACAAAGAAAGAGUACAUGCUUCUAUGGCUUCUCAUAACAUCUCAUACAUUGGUGUAGGUCCACUCAUCAAUCAGGCUCAUUUUUCCAGUAUUAAUUCACAACCAACAGCAGGACUUCCAUUUCUUAAUCAUGGCAUAAGACCUAACAUUCUCAGUAAUAAUCAGAUUAUACCUAGUGGGCGAGUAGUUGUGAUGCCACCUGUCCAUAUCCCACACCGUACUUCAGUUAUAAGAUUCCCUCAGCAGAACUCGCCAGCUGAUUCACUAUCUUUAGGUGCACUUCUUAACAGUAGUCCCCCAGUUGGUUCAGUAUCACAACAACCAAAUCCAAUGUUUCGUUUUCAGAGUGGAACAUCCCCUUUGGUAGUUGUAAGGAAGAGUAGUGGCGCAUAUGUGCCCGUGUAUGUAAAUAAUAGUGCCAGCCUUCACUAUAUACCAAAGGAGUCGAGUCAGAUUAGUAAAGUACCACACUAUGUACAGAAUCACGAUACCAAUGCAGUAACAAGUCAGCCCAAUCAACAGCAAGAAAAACCUGAGAACAGUAUUAAAUUUGCCCAUAACAGCACCAUAAACAACGCAGCCCCACAUCAAUCCAACAUAAAUGGUCAUACUUCUGAAAAUAUGUCGGCAACACUUGCAUGUACAGCAAAAACAUAUGCAAAAUCUACUGUAAAUACAAAAUCAAAAACGCAAAGUAGGUAUAUUCAGGUGAGAAGUCCUACUGCAUUGCAGUCUGUUAGAGUAUCGGAUAUUGAACAUAGUCCUUUGGCAGUGAGUGAAUCACUUAGUUCUGUAAGUGCUGAACAGCAGUCCAUACAUAACUCUUUAUUACCAGAUUGUCCAUCAGGAACAGUUCCUUCAGCACCUACAUCGUUGGCAAGGGACCAAAGCAUGCUUAAUAGUUUGCUUACAGAUCAUCAUUCAAAAAAAUAUCCACAAAAUAAACCAGUAAGUGGGCUCACUUCCAGUACAGCCAGUUUAGAGGCUACCAGUGUGUUAAAAAACAUAUUAACUGAUGUGUUGCCAGAUUCCUCCAAUCCAGUUAAUGGUACUUCUUCGAACACAGAAGUUCUGCAAUCUGCUGAUAUGAAUCAGACCUGUCCAGAGUUGCCUUCGAGGAGAGAAAUUCCACAGGCUAAAGCUGUGAGUGAAACCUGUCCGGAAUUGCCUUUGAGGAGUGAAAUUCCACAGGGGCGUGUUGUGAAUCAGACCUGCCAAGAAUUGCCCUCAAUGAGAGAGAUUCCACAGGCUUGUGUUGUGAAUCAGACCUGUCCAGAAUUGCCUUCAAGUAAUAUAGAUGCCAUAGAGAUAAACUGGUUCAAAGAAAAUCUGUUGGCAGCAGAGAAUGUUGCAAAAUACAUGUUAACUCGCAUAACGUGUAUUCAAGAAGAAUUAGACAGUAAGCCUCACCAGAAACAAGCGUAUGAUGACAUGAUUAAUAAUUUUAAUAAAUUUUUAGAGAUUGCCAGCAAGAAACUUACAGAUGUGAACAGGAGUUUUACUGCCAAUCUUCAAAGGUGGAAAGCACAUUUACCAUCCUCCCAUAUAAGCGUUUCACAGGAGUUGUGUGCAAACACUGAUAAGCAGAGCAGUGGAGAAAGUAUGAAUGGACAUAACAACACUCUUUCUCAUGAAGAUGUUGAAGUAAUUUCUGAAAAAGUGAGUGGUAAAAGGAAAAGAUCUAAUUCAGGUCUAGAAAUUUCUCUUCCAGUUACAAGUACAGUGAAUCCACGUCCGGGCAGUGCCGUUGUGCAGGAUGCGACGAGUAGCGACACCUGUACAGAUUCAUCACAGGCAGCUACUCAAGUUGCAAAACCUAUAAACACCACUUACCAGCCAACAAGGAUGUUUACACGUCGUUCUACAGCCACUAAAUCUGCAGUGAAAUGUUGCAGCAGUUGUGAGCCAGAUCAACAGUUACACAGUAAACUGGCAAAUGUUAAGCAGAAUAUGAGAUCUUCACGUAUUAGGCCUGAAAAGCUUGAGCAAGAUAAAUGUAUUCAUAUCCCAGAGAAGAAACGGAAAUUGAAAGAUUUAAGAAUAGUGUUAGAACGGAUACAAAAUCCUGGUAAAAUAGUUUUUAAAAGAGAAGAAAAUGACAACCAUAGCACCAAUGACAGCAGUGCACAGUCACUCGAAACAGUGGCAGUGGUGAAAGACCAAAGCCAUUUAGGAGUAGAUGACCUUGUUAAACAAUUGAAACCUUGCUAUGUUGUUAUACAUAGAUUGAAUCAAAGUGAUAUAACCCAAUGCAUUUGAUUUCCAAUGAGGAAACUUAACUUAGUGUCUUAAGCUUUGGAGCACUCAUGUAUCAGAAUUUUAUGCGCUUCUGGUGAAACUUUAUUUAAGUAUGUCUGGCAGUUUCAUUGUAACUUAAGGGGAAAAAGUUGUAGCUAUAGUGUUACAUACACUCUAAUUAAGCAAAUUUCCCAUUCAUUUCUUUGUAUGGACAUUCUCGUAUGUUUUAUUGAAUCAAAUUCUGCAACAACAGAGCAUUGUUGAAAGUGUAAGUGAUACUUGUGUUGCGGGAGAUUUGGGCUGAAAACAGGCUAGUGUAUAUAGUGUACAACCAGAAUUUGUAUGAGGAGUGUAAAAUAAUGGCAAAUUUACAUGCAAAAGUAAGAAGUCAGUGUGUGAUGCACCAAUGAAGAUGUGGUAUGUGUUGCUCAAUCUCCUGUAAAGUGCUGAACCUUUAUUGCUUCUACUAUGAGAAAUGGAAAUUCCUUUGUGUUUACUCUAAUUAUUUGAAUCACACCAUUUUCUUAUGUUCCUUCUUAAAGUGAGCUAACAUAUUCAUUCAAAGUUUGAAGUAUCAUAUAUUUUUACUUUCCAGUGUUCUACAAUUUUGUUUCUGAUUUACUGAAAGUAAGUGGUAGUGUAAAAGUGAAACAGAAGUCUGAUCUGAUGUGUUGUUAUAAAGUAAUCUACUGUUUACUUUGUGUAACUUCAUUUUAAACUAAAUGUUCAUAUUAAUACAA